AUGUAGACACAGUUGGCAACCAAACUAGGAGCCGGUACCGCACCGCAUCGCACCUAGAACGACUCAAGGGGUCGAAUACCUGUGGGCUACGAUUAUAAAUAGUCACUUCCUAUGGAAAGAACUCUUCACCCAAAAAAUUUCCCGUACAAUCGCUAUAGUUGAAGGCAAGAGACCCUUGUAAUUUCCAAAAAUAUUCUAGAUGGGAAACGAUGGAGAAAAGGCAUCAAAACUAUGCAAGGAGGCAGGAGGGCCUAGCCUAGAUUCAAAUCUUGCUCCAACCAUCGUGCUAGCGCUCACCACCGUCCCCAUGGGGUGGGAUAACCGUAGGAGGAAACAAGCGAGUACGAUAAUGAAUGCACGUGGCCGAGGGGCUAGGAAUGGAAACGGGCCCAACCGGGGGCGUGGGGGUGGAAGGGCUCAUUCAGAUGUGGUGGUUGGAGCAAACACCACCGUACUAGCAACAAGGAGGUGGGUUGGGUUGGAGAUAGAUUCCGUGCCAGGUAAUGAGGGGCAACGUGACAUUGUGAACUACUACCUCCGUUGCGCCACUGGCGUUGGUAAUGGGGAGAGGGAGCUGGCGGUGGUAGGAACACACCAUAGCAAUAGGAGGGUGACUUAUGUGGUGCAUGAGCCAUUCCUACAGUCCCUCAAGGAGCUGCAGGUGGCUGCGGUUGUUGGAGUUGAACGACUCAUGUGGAAGUCGAGGAAGGAUGUGGUGCACUGGCUCAACAUGCUCAUCUCAGAUGUUGCAUCUGAUGAAGUUGCAAUUUGUAACAAUGAUGGCAAAGAUGCUAAACUUGCUAAUAUCUCCACAACAAAGGGCUCUUCAUCAUCAACUGCUGGAAAUGAUUCAGGGGAUUUCAAAUGGUUAGGUCCUGAAUCGCAUUCUAAAAAAGGGAAGAGCUACAAAUCCUUCUGGCGAAGGGGAUUUACAUUCAUGGUUCACGAUUUUGUUUACAUCUUGGUCCAACAUGGCAACAAACUUGUUGCUUAUGUGGAAGAACUCUAUGAGGAUAACCAUGCAAACAAGAUGGUUCAGAUACGACGGUUCCGCACACUCAACUCCACCGGUAUUCAACUUUCUCCAGGUGUUAAUGAUAGAGAGAUCCUCCACUCCGACAAUUUGCAAGACAUCGGAGUUGAAUGCAUAGAUGGAUUGGCUUCAGUCCUGAACGAAGAACACUUUGAGAUGUUUCAGGCAAUUGCCAACAACACCAACAGGCAACCCUACCUAUGCAUCCGGCAUAUCGACAAUAACAGCAAUGUCAAGACCUUUGACAUUGCACAACUGCAAGGGUAUUCAGAACAGGAGAUAUUUAGAAUAGUCUCAGGCACACCUCCCGUGACCGUGCAUCCCGACGCAUCUGAAGGCAGCAAGAACACACCAAGAUCAUCAGCCAGAGGUCAUCAUCAUCAUCGGACCAUGGAGAACCCCACUGCUAGUGAUGAGACCAAUGUUCAGGCCACAACAAUCAAUGUCCUUGCACGCAAUGCUGCACCAACAGAGUCUGCUUCUGCUCUGAUAAACUCUGCCCUGGAGAAGUAUCUUGAGCAGUACUUCUCUCAUGGUUGCCUUGUGGAAUGCCUAAGCCAGGACAGUGGCAUUAGGGGCUGUUGGUUCAUCGGUUCAGUGAUUAGGAGGUGCGGAGAUCGCAUCAAGGUGAGGUACCAACACCUCCAAGAUCCCGAAACGCCAAGAGCAAACCUAGAGGAAUGGUUGCUUGUGACAAGAACCGCUAAUCCUGACACGCUACGCAUACGCCUCUCUGGAAGAACAAGAAUUCGUCCCCACAAUAUGUCGGAGAGGGAGAACCCCUCUACGAUCAGUGUUGGCACCGUCAUUGACGGAUGGUUGUAUGAUGGUUGGUGGGAGGGAAUUGUGCUGAAGGUGAACGAUGCAAGGAGGCUGCUAGCUUACUUACCAGGGGAGAAGAAGAUGGUGCUAUUCCGCAAGGAUCAACUGAGGCAUUCACUCGAGUGGAUUGAUAACGAGUGGAAGAAUUUUGCUCACCGGGAAGAUAUCGCACGUCGAAUCCCUAGUGCGGAAGAUCUUAGAAUAAGAGUCAUUACUGCACGAGAAGUUCUUACAAGAGAAGAAGUAAUGAAGCAAUUGGAAGGCCUGAAAACAAACAAAGGUGGUUCAAACUCUGCAAAACCAGCUGCAGAGAAGGGAAGUAGCAGCUCUGCUACUAAGAAAACCACACCUGAUCUCAUUAGGCAUGCAACAAAUGAUCUAGGAUCUUUAAACUUCAAGCAUGUCGGUGUUCCUGCCUCUGAAGAAAUUAGAACUGAUAACAAGGGAUCGCAAGUUAAUCUUGAAAAUGUCCUAAAGUCGGACAGUCUAAAAUGGACCGAGCGUAAGGCUAGAGGAUCUUUUGGUCCAAGAAUGUAGUCGGAUGGGAUCGUUGGUAGCAUCAGCCAUGGAUACAUCAAGGAACAGAGCCCCUGAGGAGAUCCUGGAGAAUUAAUUGCCUGAUGAUGAAGUAGUAUGCAAGAUCAAUGGAGAGCCAUUGCCGAGCUAGCUGUUCAUCAGAUGAAAGAACUUGCAGGAUAUGAAUUAUGAAGGAUGAUGCAUAUUCUCUUUUUCUUGAUGAACUAUCCACCUUCUAUUUUUCUUUAUGAAUUAUGUUCUUUGGUGUGACUUUGGUUCAUUUUCUAGGUUAUUAUGUCAACCACCUGAACUGAGUUUUGGACUUCUGAUGUCAAAGUCCUGUGUGUGACGCAAUCCAUUUGGUUAUAUUAGCUCCAUAAAAAACUUCAAAUAUCUUUUAUUAAUAUCAUGAGUGUAGUUUAGACCAUUUUUAUCA